UUGCUCCUCAGUCUGCAGAACGACUCCACAAAACUCACUGUUUUUAUGAUUCUUCUGCAAAGGACACAACACUGGUCGCUCAUGGCCAUCCGCUGCGCCCGAUGGAGUAGUAGCCUCUCCGCCCGGUUCCUGGUACGCCCCGGCCCCCGCUCCCUUUUCAGCGAUCCACUCGCUAUAGAGGUAGAGGGGUUGGUGCCAGAGCAGGAGGUCGUUAUGCAGGCCAGGCUGAGAGACGAGAAGGGCGAACUGUUCGAAUCGAACGCCCGGUAUCGCGCAGACUCCAGCGGCCGAGUGGACCUCAGCAGGUCGCCCUCUCUCGGUGGCAGCUACACCGGAGCCGAGCCCAUGGGCCUCUUCUGGUCGCUGCGCCCUCAGAAUCCGUACAAGAUGCUCGUGAAGCGCGACGUGCGGAGUCCCUUCCUAGUGGAGCUGGAGGCUCGCGAUGGCGAGGAGCAGAACGGUCGCCUUCUGGCCAGCGAGACGCUUGAACGAGUCUUCUUAGCCGAAGGGGUGCGCAGGCUGCCGGUUAACGAGGGUCGAGUCCGCGGGACGCUCUUUCUGCCUCCGGGUGAAGGCCCGUUUCCUGGGGUUCUUGACAUGUAUGGCACAGGAGGAGGUCUGCCAGAGUACAGGGCCUGUCUGCUCUCGGCCCACGGUUUUGUGGUGCUCGCUCUCGCCUACUAUGGCUAUCAGGACCUGCCCAAAGACAUGAGGAAGCUGCAGCUGGAGUACUUUGAGGAGGCGUCCACUUUUCUCCGCACCCACCCAAAGGUGGCAGGCCCUGGGAUCGGCGUCAUCGGAGCCUCGAAAAGUGGAGACCUAGCUCUAUUACUGGCAACAUUCACACCAGGCAUCUCUGCUGUUGUCAGUAUCAAUGGGUGCAACGCCGUUGCGGUUUUUCCCAUAACAUACAAGGGCACAGUUUUCCCUGGGCUGAUAGGUGACUCCAGUAAGGUAACUGUCAUGAAGUCUGGAGUAGCAGACAUAAGAGACACCCUGAACAACCCUUUGGAAGGUGAGAAUCAAAAAAGCUUGAUCCCGAUAGAGCAGGCAGACUGCAGAUUUCUCUUUUUGGUUUCUGAAGAUGACCGCAACUGGAACAGCCCUUUCUUUGCAGAGGAGGCUGUCAAACGCCUGAAGGCUCAUGGGAAAGAUAAUUUUGAGAAGGUCGUGUAUCCUAUGGCUGGCCACUACCUUGAGCCACCAUACUUCCCACAUUGUACGGCUUCCUUGCACAUGCUGGUUGGAAUGCCAGUCGCCUGGGGCGGAGAAGCCAAGAGUCAUGCCAUGGCGCAGAUUGACAUGUGGGAAAGAAUCGACGCAUUUCUCAAAGAGCAUCUGGGCACAGGGAAACAUUGUUCUAGUGCCAAACUUUAAAAAAUAAAUAAAAGGCACAGCAAAAACAUAUUGUGAAUCUGAAGCUGUGAGAUGUGCAUUUGCCUUCUUUCCAUUAAUCAAAACUGCCUUCAUUGCCACACACAAAGCUCAAGAACUUUUAGAUGCCUUAGUUGCACCACUUGUGCCUUAGGUGGUACUUGCCUGGUUUUAAAGGUAAUGACCAUCUUUGAAACUACAUUAUGCCAAACGUUUUUUUAACAAUGCAGAGUAAAUGACAUUAGUGAGUGCUAUAGUCAGAUAAGUGUAAUUGUGUUUUUUUAAAAUGACAACAAAUGCACAAAGUUGGAGAAUGUCAUGUGAGCUUCAAUUACAGCACACACAAUAAGAACUACUUAAUGCUGAGCAGCCAUAGUUUUUCAUCAAUUUGUAACAUUAGACAAGUUUGCUUAAUAUUAAAUAUGCUUUUCUAACAUAAGCACCUCUCCAAAACCCUCACCUUGAAAGUUAACAAGGAUGUAUUUUUAUUAUAUUAAGAAAUGUAGUUAUACAAAUUCAGAAGACCCCCAAAAUCCUUCUGCUAAAUCAUUUAAAUUAAUUUCUUCCCUCAUCAAGCAAAAGUCAGUACCCCAGAAUGAACUCAGGAUAGGAUUUUAUUAAAUAUCACAGUUACUAGGAAACUUGACAUUUCGCUCAGGUGCAUUUCAUUCUGUUCAUCUCCCAGCCCCUGAUGCCACUGGACUGGUAUUGGGCAGGUGCUGAGCUGUGCCCGGCUGUCUCCAGAUGUGACACUUGGAACUGAGGCCAAACAGAUCAGUCUUGAUUCUCAUAGUCUGAGUCCUUUAAGGUGCCUUUUUACAUACUCCAAGUGGGAUUUCAUAUGCAAUCUGGCCACAUUACCAUAAAGCCCAGAUUAGUGGGAUGUUGCAGUGAUGGCUGUUGUUCUGGAAGUUUCUCCCAAUCUCCCCAUAGGUUCUUUGGUGCUCAGCCAGAGUGACUGUGGUGGUCCUUGGUCACCUUUCUUACCAAGUCCCUUCUCCCAAGAUUGCUCAGGUGGACAGCUCUAGGAAGAUUUGUGUUUGAUUCAGAUGGAAUCAUAGCCAAAGGGGCUUCAACAAAAACUAAGGGUCUG